AGGGGACGUGAGCGACAAGACGAGCCAGUACACUUGAGAAAGCCACAGUAGGCUGUCUCGACGUGUAUGUUCUGAACGCUCCGCAACAUGUUAAUGAGUUUUCGUCUGCUCCCAUCGAAAAAUUCACGUGGCGUAUUCAGUAUACGAAAGAAAGACACUAGUUCGAGACAUUUACCCUCUUGAUCGAGCCUUUUACCUAGUACCAAUUGUGCGACAAGCGGGAGGCUGAGGAACGAUGCCAGGCAAAGGGGGCAGAAGAGGAAAGUACGGUGGAAAAAGAGCUGAGUUUACAUCCGACGAGGACUCGAUCAACAAUGAUGCGUGUAGCGAGACCAGCGGCCAGUCCGACAACCGCAGCGUGCUGGAGGACAACGCGAACGACAACGAGGUGGACGAGCUCGCGCAGCAGGAGGCGUUCGAGGAGAAACUGAGGGAGGCGAUCGACGGGCUGACGCAGAAGAGCGCCAAGGGCCGGACCAUCUGCUUCAACGGCAUCGAGAAGAUCUUCGCCAUCAAGUACAUACCCGACUUCGUGGAGGACAGGAAGAUGACCAUCGCGGACGCGGUGGAGCGCGGCCUGAAGAAGGGACGCGGCGACGAGCAGUCGGCGGCGGCCAGGCUUAGCACCCUGCUGUGCGUCCAGCUGGGCGCCUUCGAGAGCGCCGAGAUGGUCUGCCGAGAUCUCAAGUCUACUCUCAUCUUCAUCGCCAACGACAACACCGCUCCUGUCCAUGCACGCGCCGAGUGUUGCUGGGCGCUGGCCAUGAAUCAAUUCUUAUCGGGCAACGAUGCGACCGACACCAUGGAAAUUGCACAGCUACUGUCGUCUAUCUUUUCCGGCUCCUACUUGAAGGGGAACGGCGCGAUCGCCAACAUAUCCACGGACGUGGCGGCGCUACACGUGGCAGCUAUCUCAGCGUGGACCUUGCUUCUAACUGUCAUGACUUCCGCGGAUAUCUUCAGCCUGCUCGCGAGCGGCAGAACGAACAACUACAUGCCCUCGCUCAGUCGACUACGCGAAUUGCUGGAGUCGCCGCAUCUCGACGUACGCCUGUCGGCCGGCGAGGCGCUAGCGGUGAUAUUCGAACUCGACCGCGACUUGUGCGACUACAAGCGGAACUGGACGCUCGAUCUGAUCGAGGUUCUCAGGGAGCUCGCCACGGAUUCCAACAAGUACCGCGCCAAGAAAGAUCGCAAGCAGCAACGCGCCAAUUUUAGAGAUAUUCUGCGUUACAUCGUGGAAGACGUCGUUCCGGAGAUGCACGUGAGAUUCGGCCAGGAAGUUCUGUAUUUAGAGGGAUGGUGCGCGAGGACCCAGUACAACGCUUGCUGCCGGCUGUUAGGCCCCGGUAUCAAUAUCCAGCUUGCUGAAAAUCAACUCCUGCGCGAGAUCUUUCACCUCGGCAACAAAGUUCUACCUCCACCCAUCACGAUCAAAACGAGCAAAUUAGAGAGAACACUGAUGAACGCGGCCGCGUUCAAAGCACGCACCAUUCAGCGCAACAAGAGUCGCGACAAACGAUCUGCAGCUAUGGCACCGUAAUCACGCUUCUACGCUGGUUGUCUCAUUUUAGUGUAAUGCGAGUAUACUUGAAUUUUCUCUUUUUAAUUUAUUGUAGCUGGAUUCAAUAGCGUAAAAAUUGCCGUUUUCUCCAUCGAUUCUCCAAAGUCGAAAUUGUGCAGAUACUCCACGUGAUGUACUUCCUUCUCCUGCAUAAAUCUCCGUCGGUGUAUGAAUAUGUGAUUUCAUCUCGUCGCUGUAACAGCUAGCUAUAUUUAUUUAGUAAUAUUUAAUGAAGUCCGCAUGUAUAUACAAGUCGAAAUGUAUAUACAGUGUAUGUGUAUAUAUACACGUAUAUGUGUAUACAACUGUAAUGCUGGUAACAAUGAUUGCAUUUCACAUAUAAAUUAUUUCGGUAUAUAUUUUAAAUAUUUUUAUCAACUCGAUCGUAUGAUCAUGUCGGUGGUCUCUUUUGAACUGUUGUCAUUGUUGUCUCUUUCUUGGAUAUGUAUACAUGUUGAUUUUGAUAAUGAAAUUAUUACGUUUUAAUUGUUGUAGGUUGAAUUUAUUAUUCUGGUUUAAAAAUGGAUUGUAAUGUGCAAACUGAUGGAAUUAUUUCGUAUAUAACAGUUGAUACAUACACAAGAUGUACGAAAUAUUUAUUAGCACUGUACAUAAUUACAUGUAAGUUGUAAUGAUGUAUUCAAGUAAACUAAACUGUAGAUUAUAUAAAGAUAAACGUCAGCAAA